AUGCCCGGCCUAUAUUCAUUCUCACCCGAGACAAAGGAGCGACUACGCAAGUUUCGCUUGAGCUCGUCAAGAGCCAAGGAGCCGCAAGCCCAGAUCUAUGAAAUCGACAAGAACACGGGGGAGAUCCGCCCCAAAAAUGACGAGACAUAUACCAGCAUGAUGGACGUAGCCGAUGACCUGCCUGAGACUACGCCGCAAUUCAUCGUUCUCAGCCAUCCAUUGACCUUGAAGGAUGGCCGACUAUCCGUGCCCUACGUUCUGCUGUACUACAAGCCCGAAAACUGCAAGACAGAUACCAUGUAUCAGUAUGCCAAUGCAGUCGAGUUGAUGCGCACCACGGCUGGUGUGAACCGUCUUGUUCCGGUGGAGAGUGAAGACGAUGUUAUUUCCAUCGAAUCUAAGCUGGCUGGUGAUGAUUAA